UUUCUUUUUAAAAAAUUCACCUUUGUUGAGGUAUAAGUGACUUAAAAUUGUAAGAUAUGUUAAGUGUGCAUUGUGGUGACCUGAUAUUCAUACACAUUGUGAAAGGAUCCCCCCUCAUCUGCUUAAUUAUCACAUCUGUCACCUCAUGUCUUUCUUUUUGGUGAGAACAUUUAAGCUGUAUUCUCAGCAAUUUUCAAUGAUACGAUACAGUGUUAUCGGCAGUAGUCACCCCAUUCUACACUAGAUCCUCAGAUCUUAUUCAGCUUGUAGUUGAACCACCUCCCCCCACUUCUCCUACCCUCAGCAGAUGGUUGUUAAUGGACUGGUGUCAGGAAGGAGGCCCACCCUAAGCAGGAAGUCAUUGUGAGUAAACUUGGGGUUCAGGGGUUGCUGAGGAGACCAAGGGGGCUAGAGGGGAGAGAGGGGAUGAGUCUGGCAUCCACUGUUCCUGAUUUCCCUUCCUGUUCUUACUAAGAAAUGAGGUCAGGGCAGUGAAGACUUAGAGAUCUACUGCAACCCCCCAAAUCAGGGAGUUUGCACAGAGCUCUGCAUCUUGUACUUGUGGUUCAGUGUGUGUAGCACUGUUUGGCACUCGUACGGUUGGGCCCAGUCUCCAGAGUCUAGUCCAGUGGGAAUAGCCAACGUAAUGAUGGGAGGGCUCAUUCUUGUCUCUGCUCUGAAAUGUAUUGAUACAAAGGAUCCACACUGCAUCCAACGUAGAUGUUCUAUAACCACAACUCUGGUGGAUUGAACAAAGCACCUGAGGUUCAGAGACAUAACUCCACUGGCCUUGGUUACCAAGCCUUGCAGAUAAGCCCACCAGCCUGAAGAAGGUCUCAUGCUCUCAGAUUGAGGCAGAAGCUGCUAACUACUUUAGCAGCUCCCUCUGCUUACUCUAACUUUAUACUUCUGAGACUCAUAUAGUGGGAGAUGGGAUGGUUCUCCUGGAAAGAAAUCCCAUUUUCUCUUUCCUCUCAGCUUAUUUAAAGAGUCAUUGGAAUAAAGGUGGCCAUUCUUUCCAGGGGCCCCAGGAGAGCAUCAGAGUAAGAGCUGAGGCAGGUGUGCUGGAUGUCAGGGCCCACGGGUCAUGAGGACCCUGAUGGAGCUGGAGCCUUUAGCCUGGAUCCCAGAGCUCUUGGAAUCUGAGUCGGGAGACAAGGGGCAGAGAGAACCGUUUCUACCCUCAUAAUUGGGCAGGGAACUCAGGGCCCCUCUGAAUUGUUUCUCCUUUACUCUGGAUGAUACCAGGCAAGUGUCAUAAACUUUGAGUUUCAGUCUCCAUCACUUCCGAUUUGGGGUCGGGAGCACAGGGAGGAGGUUAUAACAUGCAUUGACCCUCAACAAGUUAGAGAUACUAUGAUAAAAGGAAAUGAGUAGGAGAUUUGUUCUUGACUGAGGAAAGGGAAUCAGUGGGAUAACUGGUACUACCUAAAGUAGGGUGACAUCUAUCUAAAUUCCCAACACUGAGCCAGGAGAGUUGGGGGAGGUGCUAAUGUAUAAGAAAUAAUUAUGUGCUCAGGUAGCUCACAGACCAGUGGGGAAGUAGGUGAACACAGAUCAGGCACUGUCCUGUGUUGAGUUGCAUCUUGGGGGUUCUGCAGGCUAGGGGGAGAAGGGUAGAGCUUAGUGGUCCCUGAUGGCCAUGGAAAGGUACUGAAGGGGUGGGCUUUUGAGCAGGAGAUGGAGAUUUUGAUUGAGGAUAUGGCCCUGGAGCAGGCAGGGGACAGGACCAAAGGGGAUGAGGUCUGGUUCUUCAACUUUCUCAGGGCAAGCCAUUUGCCCUCCCUGAGGCUUCGUUUCUCCAUUUAUAACCUGGGGAUCCUUAUCCCCUUCUUCUCCUGAAAGUGUUUUUGGGGAGUUUAUUCUUCUCAUUAUUAAAAAGAUCUUAAUAAAAGCCUAUGAGUUCUAAUUCUCCUGAAAAUUCCUGAGUAACUGGCAUCUGUGAUCCCUAGGGUGGAGCUGAGUGUUGUUUGGACCUGGAGCUGGCAUUGGGUGGGCCAUCUGGUGGGCUUUUGGGUGGGGCUGGGGGCAGAACCAGAGGCCUCCAGGCCAGGCCCUGGAAGCUAAGCCAAGGAUUAUUUUUAUUCCUCUGUUCAUGGCACAUGGCCCAGGCAUAACUGUGCCAUCUGUCCUCCCCUCCUGCUCUCGUCCUGGCAGGCCCAUGGGGUCAUUGUGGAGGGUUUGGGGAAGGAGGGGGAGCGGGGCUCCUUCUCUGGACUGGUGUUGGCUUACCCUCCAUUCUACUAGCUGCAGGGCCUAGGCUGUGUGGGAGGUUUGCCUGGUGAGGGAAGGCAGCUGCCAGGCCUGGGGCCGUGGGCGGUGAGGCUGGGAGAGGCCAGCCAGUGAGAGCUAUGGCCUGGGGGCAGCAGGGCCACACAGGGCUGGGAGCAACUCCAUUUCAGUCACAAAUCCCGGGGCUUGGGGCCUUGGGUGACCCCCUGCCUUGCUUCCCCUGGGAUGGACCCAAUCUUGGGAACACAAAGCGCAGGUCCUCAGAAACCUCACUUGUGGGGCAGUAUCUGACAGGACUCUCUGGUUUUCCCCAGGUCUGGUGGUCCACUGGGCUGCCCUGGGCCCAACUAAUACAGGGGCUGAACGUGCUUACUUCACCUGGCUGGUCUAGCUCAGCUGUGGUGAAAGAGGGCCCAGAGACCCUGGUCUCUACUUCUCAGAAAGGUUUACAUAGUAUCAGGGAGGUUGGGCUUCCCUCCUUUCCUUCUCUCCUUUCUGGACUUCAUAGCACCCUCCAUCUGGCUUGGGGUAACCAUUUGGGUUUAGUGCCAGGUCCCAGAAGAGAAUCCAGGCUGAAGUUAGGACAUACAAGACUUUAAGUAUUAAUAUUAUUUAUUUAUUAACAUUAAUCAAUACUAGCUGAAGGUAUAUGUAUCUGUUAGGUCCAUUUAGGACUUUAGACCUUCCACGUGAGGCAUUAUUUGUAGCUUAGAUAAUGAUGGUGACAAUUAAUAUAGCUCUUACUGAGCACUGACUCUACGUCAUGCGCCAUGCUAGUUAACAUCAGAUCUUGUUGACCAGCAUAUGGGAUAUCUCUCCGUGGCAGGUCAGUUCUCCAGCCUUCUCUGAGCAAAGCCACAGGUGAAAGUCUGCAUGGUAGGAGCGGUCCCAGAAGAAGUGGAGGACCUGGGCAGUGAAUGUGAGCCACAGGCACUGUAGGACAGAAAGGACCUUAGAUCCCAAUCUAAGAAAUGGACGAAUUUGACAAUGGUCACACGGUUGCUUAUAACACUGGAACUAGAACCAGUCUCUUGAUGCCCAGACAUCACACUUUCAUUUUACAAACCUCCAAAAUAAAUCCCAAAGGGAUUAACCUACAACUGAAGCUCUCCCCCUGGUGUGCCAAAGUCCGAACAUUUACUGAUAUUUUUUUGGUUUCCUGACACUAAACACAGAACAGUUCAUUUUCCCCACAGGGAAAUCAUUACUUCACAAAAAGCACUUAGCAAAUCUCUACUCAUUUAUUCAUUCUUUUGUUCUUCGCAUUGUGCAGUGUGCUGAGGACUUAGAGAAAGACAACCAUCCCCACCCUCGUGAAGUCUGACGUAUGGUGGAGGCCCAUCAUUCAUGGGAGAUGGAGGGGUCAGAUAUGUAAAGCACGGGGACCUGUUGGAGCUCAGAGGUCCAACGGGCGCUCCUCCAAGCGGAGCCUUGGAGGGCAAGGCCGGCACCAUUACCUCCAACGAGUGGAGCCCUCCUAACUCCCCUGAGGGGAGCAACGUCUCUGGGGGCAGCCAGGCAUUGGACAAGCCCAUCGACAAUGAUGCGGAGGGUGUAUGGAGUCCGGACAUCGAGCAGAGCUUCCAGGAGGCCCUGGCCAUCUACCCGCCUUGCGGCCGCCGCAAAAUCAUCCUCUCGGAUGAGGGCAAGAUGUACGGUCGGAAUGAGCUGAUUGCCCGCUACAUCAAGCUCCGGACAGGCAAGACCCGCACCAGGAAGCAGGUCUCCAGCCACAUCCAGGUGCUGGCCCGUCGCAAAGCCCGCGAGAUCCAGGCCAAGCUAAAGGACCAGGCAGCUAAGGACAAGGCCCUGCAGAGCAUGGCUCCCAUGUCGCCCGCCCAGGCCAUCUCCGCCACAGCCUUCCACAGUAAAAUGGCCCUCGCCCGGGGCCCAGGCCACCCAGCAGUCUCAGGGUUUUGGCAAGGAGCUUUGCCGGGCCAAGCUGGAACAUCCCAUGAUGUGAAACCUUUCUCUCAACAAACCUACGCUGUCCAGCCUUCGCUGCCUCUGCCAGGGUUUGAGUCUCCUGCAGGACCCGCCCCAUCGCCCUCAGCGCCCCCGGCACCCCCAUGGCAGGGCCGCAGUGUGGCCAGCUCCAAGCUCUGGAUGUUGGAGUUCUCUGCCUUCCUGGAGCAGCAGCAGGACCCUGAUACGUAUAACAAGCACCUGUUUGUACACAUUGGCCAGUCAAGCCCAAGCUACAGUGACCCCUACCUCGAAGCCGUGGACAUCCGCCAGAUCUAUGACAAAUUCCCAGAGAAAAAGGGGGGACUCAAGGAGCUCUUUGAACGGGGACCUUCCAAUGCCUUUUUUCUUGUGAAAUUCUGGGCAGACCUCAACACCAACAUCGAGGAUGAAGGCAGCUCCUUCUACGGAGUCUCCAGCCAAUAUGAGAGUCCGGAGAACAUGAUAAUCACUUGCUCCACCAAGGUCUGCUCCUUUGGCAAGCAGGUGGUAGAGAAAGUGGAGACCGAGUAUGCCCGCUAUGAGAAUGGCCACUACUCAUACCGCAUUCAUCGGUCCCCACUCUGCGAGUACAUGAUCAAUUUCAUCCAUAAGCUGAAGCACCUGCCCGAGAAAUACAUGAUGAACAGCGUGCUGGAGAACUUCACCAUCCUGCAGGUGGUCACCAACAGAGACACGCAGGAGACCUUGCUGUGCGUUGCUUAUGUCUUUGAGGUGUCAGCCAGCGAGCACGGGGCUCAGCACCAUAUCUACCGGCUGGUGAAAGAAUAAGAGACUCAGGGAGCAGGGAGGGGGGAAGUGACAUCGUGUGUGCAGGGACAUGGGGAGGGGAUCUGUGGGGGCGGCCCCUGAAGUGCCAGGAGAGCUGAGAGGUCAUGACUCUUCCUAUCCAGGAACAAACUGUGCCUGAACCUCCAAUGCCCAAUCCCAAAUAAACCCAAGAUGGUGUGUAUUUUCAGAGGACCUGAUCUGGCUGUAUGAGCCUCGGGAGGGACUGUGGGAGAAGGGGAACCGACUGGGAAGCAGGCCAGAAGCAAUUCCCGAAAUCCCCAGUGGACUCAGCCAGGAACGUCGCCAGAUGCUGAAGCUCAAGAUAGGAUGGCUCCUCUGCUGCUAUCGAGCCCUGCACUGUGCUGCUGGCCACGCUGGGAGGCCCGAGGAUAGGCUCGCGGGUUCUCUGUUCCUCCUCUGCUGUCAUCGAGCCCUGCACUGUGCUGCUGGCCACCCUGGGAGGCCUGAGGAUAGGCUUGUGGGUUCUGUGCAUAUGCAUGUGUGCACGUGCGGGACUUGUGCACGUCCCUGGCCACCUCUGUUGCCCCUUCCCCAGCACAGUAAGCAGGGAGGCUUGGUCCAGCCCGGGGGUUGGAUUUGGGAUGUGGAGGUGACAGUUGUUGGAAAGGUUGGAAGGGGACACAGCCAGAGCUCUCUAGAUAGUUUCUAUCCGUCCAUCCCCAGUGGGCAUAGAUUCCAUGGUCAUGCUGGCUGCUUCGGAGUAGCUGUCGCAGAUCAUAGGAGCUUGAGACAGGGAGGGUGAGAGGGGUGGCAUGGAAGCCAGCCUGCAGAGUUUAGGUGGUGAGGCUGGUAUCACACAGCAUCCUUUGUGGGGGGUGAAGGCCAAGAAAAUGGGUCAGAGGUCUGCAGUGCACCAGUGGUCUCUGAGACCACCCAGUUCUGAUGAUCUGUGAGUCCUCCCUGGGCUCCCCUCCACCCCCAGCCGGGGUGCCUGCUGGGUGGUGACUGCCUCGGAGUCAGUCCAGACUGUCCACUCCCUCCCCAGACAGUAGUAGUUUCUGUACUCUCUGUGGGUGGAGGAGGGGGGUGAAACCCUCUCUGGGCCUUGAGGGAACCAGUGAAGGGUUCCCUGGUUCAUCUCUUUUGAGAAGUGCAUGGGCUGAGGGUUUUGGUGGUCCUGGCUUCAGUCCUGGUAUUUUUUAGCUGUCUGACCUUGGGCAAAUUUCUCUACCUGUCUGAGCCUUAGUGUCCUUUGCUCUCUCUAAAAGGGAAGGCAAUAGUACCUACCUUAGAAGGCCUUAGUGAGAAAGAGAGCUAAUGUCUAUAAAAGUGCCUGGUGCAAGAUGCACUAAUUAAGUGUUGUUAAUUAGUUUAUCCCUCCCUUCCCUCAGGGGGGCCUGGUCCUGGCUCUUUGCUGCCAUCUAGUGGCCCUCUGUUAUCAUCCACAGCAGGAACCACAAUUCCAGCAACCUGGAGCAGAAGGGGAAGAAGAUUCAAACUACCAGUGUUUACUUUGUGUCCAGCACUCAGGGAGAUAUAUUAUGGGAAUACAAAAGUGAGUAAAAUAGCAUUUAGGAGGUGUUAUGGUGGUUAGGAUCAAGGGCUCGAGCCAAACAGCUAGGAUUGAAAUCCUGGCACUCAGCCACUGACUAGCUAUGUGACCUUGGGGGGCAAGUUACUUAAUUUCACUGUGCCUCAGUUUCCCCAUCUGUAAAAUGGGUAUAAUAAGAGUACCUACCUCGUAUAUGUAGAGUGCCUAGCAUAGUGCCGAGCACAUAAAUGUGUUUGAUAAAUAUACAUUAUUAUUCAUAGCAGGAGCUCGCAGUCUAAAAAGCCAGAUUGGAUAACUCUUAAGUGGGGUUGGCUGGUCCUCACAGAAACUGGAGUUCAGAGAUGGUAGAGAGCAGGGUGUGGAAGAUCCAGGGAAGAGGUUGCGAUUGAGAGGGGCUGCCCCUGAAAGGGUUUAGAUAAGCAAUGUUUAGAUCAGCAGAUAGGAUGAGGGCUGGCCAGUGCUCCAGAUGGGGAAAAGAAGCUGGCUAUCCAGUUUCCUACCUCGCAGGCCAGGACUGCCUCUUCUCAUCAAGAAGCAACUUUAAGCAGACGCCUCUGGAUGGCUGCUAGACCUCGUGCCAAGUUACAUAACUGCACUCUAUGCGGGGCCGGCUCGCAUCAAAAGAUGUGAUGUGGAGGUGGGGCCUGGGGUCCGGGAGUGUCUGAGCAGACCACGUGUGCUCACGUGUCCGUGGGCGGGUUUGUGUGAGCCUGUCCCACCCCACCCCUGGUCACUGUCACAAGCCUUGCCCUCUCCCUGCACCUUUCCCCUCAGGCUAUUUGGAUAAGGGGCACCUUAUACCUACAUUUCUAGCUUGACUGUGAACCUCUAGGUAAAUACGCAGGAAGGAUGUGUGAGCAGCCUCUUGGCCGUGGCACAAAUGCACGAAUCAAGGAGAUGAUCUUUUGUGUUAUGGGUGGAAAGGAGUCAGUGCAGGUGUGGGGGCCAAGUGUUGGCUGUGCAUUUUCCCUUUUCUUUAUGACCUGACCUCAGUAGCUUAAUGGAAAGUCAUGUACUUACAGCCGUAAGUUCCAGGCUAGUCAGCCACAGGAAUGUAGACGUAGGUGCCUUUCCCCUGGCGCAGUGCAGACUGCGGCCAUGGGGGCAAGUGGGAGCCCUGGCCUGGCCCACCUCUCCUGCUAGGCAUCUCUGACACUGACUGCCCUGCGGCCAGAGGUGGGCGCCCUUCCCUGUCUUUGGGUCUUGGCACCAAAUGUUCCCCUGGCCAGUUGUGCCCUGCCCUUCUCCCACUGGAGAACCGUUACAUUCUUCAGGAGCUGGUGUGCACUCACCCCUUCUCAUGCAGAAGGGUUAGCCACACCUGCCCUUAUGCGGCAGAAGCCUUCCAUUCCUGACCCCUUGGACACCUGUGACAUGGUACCAGAACACAGGCACCCUGUCACCUCUUCUAAUCCUCACCCAGUGGGUAUUGUGCUGUCCCCCUUUGAAAGAUGAGGAAAGGGGCACAGAGAAGUAAACUAACUUGCUUAGAGUAUUAAUGCAUUUUUUUCAUUCAGUUAGCAAAUAUUUACUUAAUUUCUGCUCUGUGCCAGGCACUGGGAACAUAUCACUGACUAAGACAGAUGCGGUCCCUGGGGAGCUUACAUUUCAUUGAGGAGGGAAACAAAGCACAUAACAGGAUGUGCAGACCAUGGCAAGUGCUUUCAAGGCAGUGAGGGGUGCUGAGAGUCACUGGGAAAGCCUCUCCCGCCCGGGGAAGGUGAGGGAAGGCAUUCUGAGUGGAGGCAGGGAGGUUUGAGUGCAGGGCAGGUGCAGAGAGGUGUGUGCCAGGUACAGAGAGCAAGAGCUGCACAGGCUAAGGUACGGAGGCAGCAGGGGCUAGAUCCUGGUCGGGCCAGCCGCCCAGACUGGGGUGGGGGCCAGGGUGGGGCCAGGCAAUCCAACUUCCUCCGCAGCCCAACACCCCCUUGCUUGGCAAGGUCUUUGGGUUUUACUCCUUGUGAAGGGAGAUCCUGGAAGUGUUUGAAACAAGCAGUAAAUAUUUUUGAUCUUUAAUCUUUGCUUUUUUUUUUUAGAAAUAAAUGGUGGAGCUGCUGUGGACCACAGAGAAGCACAUGUAAUUGUCUGCUUCUGAGUCUGUCUUUCCUCUUAGACUCAGCUUCUGUGGGUGGAGAUUGUAGCUUCCUUGGUCUGUUGCUUUCUAUAAACCAAACACCACAUCUGGAACAUAGGAGGUGCUCAGUAAACAUGUGCUGAAGGAGUACACACAUACAAGGCAAUGUGAUCCUUGCCAUUGGGGCCUGGGAGGUGAGUGAGGGCCCUGAGCCCUCUAGGGUGGACCCCUUUGCCCUCUCAACACAUCUAGAGCUAGCAGGGAGCGUCACUGAGAUAGGGACGUGGAAACAGACCUCCUGUCUCCUGGCGUCUGACAGUGACUGAGCAGAUUGCCUCAGGGGCCCCCAGUGAACUUCCAUAGAGUGGGAUGAUCUUCCUAAUGAGAGAAACUCACACAGAAGGACCUUAGGGUGCAUGUGCAUGCAUGUGCGUGUGGAUAUCAACUCUGCCCUUUCGGGACUAAAGCCAGUGGAGUAAGGAUCAGUGGCGGCUGUAUCAGGCUGCUCAUAGACUAUUUGUGCUUAAUCCAUCACUUGUGCCCUCUAACCAGCUGUAGGCUUCAGAGGACAGUGGGCAGGGUGAGAACGGGCUGGAAGUAGGAGGGCAGGCAUUUCAUAUAAGCAGGGAUGGGGGCAGCAGGGAGCUCCUGACAGUCCUCAGCGUUGGGCCUGGUGCAGGGCUCCACUGGUUCACCAGUGCUCACCUGGGCUGAGUCUGCACAGAGGGGGAAUGUGCGAAAGAGCAGUGGUGUGUUUUACCCCAGGGGCAGUUAUGCCCAGUGACCACUGUGUUUGACUCUCUCUUACAUUGUCUGUUAUGUCCACUCCAAAAAUGAAAACAAAGAGCUUUUCCCCAAAGAGUUCAAUCUCUAUGUAAGUUGUUCUUAAGAACUAAAACCCUAGAGCCAGGUUGCUGGAGGGCCAAAUUGACUGCUUCUAAGUUAUGUGAUCUUGGGCAAACAGCUUACCCUCUCAGAGCCUUCAUAACCCUAUUUGUGAAAUGGGAAGAAAAUGGCUCUGACUUUAGGUUGCUAUCAGCAGAAAGGUGACAGAGUAUAUGUGAAGGAGUAGCACUGUACCUAGCUCACGCGAGCACUCAGUGAGUGGUCAUAACUUAGGUAUAUUAAAGCCUGCACUGACUGUUCUUCCCACCAGGAAAGCGCGCGCGCACACACACACACAUACACACAUACACACAUGCGCGCGCACGCACGUUUGGGUGGGGGGGGAAAGCUCUGUUCUAAUGUCUCCCAGAGCCCAUAAGGAGGCCACGGGCUCUUAGUUUAGUGGGAACUGUCCAGCACAGACACAAUGCUUAGAGUUUCAUCCUCAGGCCUCAGAAAUGGUCAAGGAAGUGUUCUUAAAUGAGGAAAAUAACUUUGUGGCCCAUGAGGGGAAGGAGACCCCAGGGAAGGGUCUCGAAAGGGAGCACAGAACAAAUGGUGGGCUAAGAGACUGUCCAGAAUUUAGAUUUACUUCCCAAGAGAAGAUGGGGGAGGUGGUCCCGCCCCUUUGCAGAAGGCUGGAGCCCAAUGGGUGGAAAUGGCUAAAGGUCUUUUUAUUUUUAAGCUCAUGGAUGUCUAAUAUUCAACUUUAAGGGUUUUUUUUGUAUUUUUGCUAUGUAACCCCCCUUUGUCUCCCCAAAUCUUCAGUAAAGUCUGCUACAUACACAAAG